GAGGGAUGCAGCCCCGGCGGGACCGAGGCUGAGCCGCACCUGCUGGCGCGCACCGCUAUCCCCGCUACCACCAGCACCACCAGCGCCUCCGCGCCGGCCCGCUGCUCCUAGACUGGACCGAUAGGAGGGAGAACGCCAGGUCAGCUGCAGGAAAGUGAAUAAACUUGACUGAGAAUGUCUGAGAACCUUGACAAAUCCAGUAUAAAUGAAGCAGGAAAAUCAAAAUCAGAAGAUUCUGAGCAUGACCUUGAAGAUGCAGUGGGAGGUUCUGAUGAAGCUUUACAGGAAACAAAAAAUUCAGGCUCUUCCAGCACCCAAAGACUACAGCAAAGACCUCACUCCAGUCCUGCCCGAUUUGUGACCGUAGAAGAACUUCUAGAGACAGUGAAAGGAAUGACUAACAUGGCUCUCGCUCAUGAAAUUGUAGUAAAUGGAGAUUUUCAGAUUAAACCUGUUGAUUUACCGGAAAACAGCUUAAAGAAGAGAGUAAAGGAUAUUGUCCAUAAGGCAUUUUGGGAUUGCUUGAGUCACCAGUUAAGUGAAGACCCCCCAACCUAUGACCACGCCAUCAAACUCGUUGGAGAGAUCAAAGAGACUCUCUUAUCUUUCUUGCUGCCUGGCCACACUAGACUGAGAAACCAGAUAACAGAAGUCUUGGAUCUGGAUCUGAUAAAGCAGGAGGCCGAGAAUGGGGCCUUGGACAUUUCCAAGCUGGCAGAAUUCAUUAUUGGCAUGAUGGGGACACUGUGUGCACCUGUUCGAGAUGAGGAAGUUAAUAAACUAAAGGACAUUCAGGAAAUAGUGCCCCUUUUCAGAGCAAUUUUUUCUGUAUUGGACCUGAUGAAAGUGGACAUGGUGAACUUUGCUGUCAGUAGCAUUAGGCCACAUCUCAUGCAGCAGUCAGUAGAAUAUGAAAGGACGAAGUUUCAAGAGCUUUUGGAGAAGCAGCCAAACGCACUGGACUUUGUCACCCAGUGGCUCGAAGAAGCUGCAGAUGACCUCAUGAAGCAGAAGGGUAAAAAUGCCCUGCCCGCCGCAGGAGGGGCUGCCGGCCCCCAGGAUGCCCCGUCACUGAGUCCCAUCACUGUCCAGAACCAUGCGUACCUCAAGCUUCUGAAAUGGGACCACGGCCAAAGACCCUUCCCUGAAACCGUCCUGAUGGACCAGCCCCGUUUUCAAGAGUUCCAGCUCCAGCUGGAGCACCUGAGCCUCAUGGGGGCUGUGCUGCUGGUCACAUUCAACGCGGCAGGCUCGGGGAUCUCCAGCCAGGCCGACUUCGCCGAGAAGCUCAAGAUGAUUGUGAAGAUCCUUCUCACAGACAUGCACCUGCCCUCUUUCCAUCUGAAGGAUGCCCUGACCACAGUCGGUGAGAAAGUCUGCCUGGAGGUGAGCAGCUGCCUUUCCCUGUGUGGGUUCAGCCCCUUCACCCUGGACAAGGAGACGGCACUCAAAGGCCAGAUCCAAGCAGUGGCCAGUCCCGAUGACCCAGUCCGCAGGAUCAUGGAUUCCCGAAUCCUGACCUUCUUAGAAACCUACCUUGCCUCGGGCCACCAGAAGUCAUUACCCACAGUCCCUGGGGGGCUGGGUCCGGUUCAGAAAGAGCUGGAGGACGUUGCUGUUAAGUUUGUCCGCCUGGUCAACUACAACAAGAUGGUCUUCAGCCCCUACUAUGACGUGAUCCUCAACAAGAUCCUGGCCAGCUCCUGACAAGUGCGUUUCCCGCCUCCACUGCAGUAUUACUCACUCAGCUCCGAACACCCGUUCUCAACUCUAAUGUUGCUUGGAAGAUGGCUACUUGGUACAUUUCUGUUUAGCAGCACAGGUUUUCCGAAGGCAAGACUGUGGCAGAUCAACUGUUGAGAGGAACAUGCUGAAAGACCAUACCGAGUUCUGUUUGGAGAGUUUGUAUUUCUGAGUGCAAGUUUACAAGUCAAAGAAGCUUUUUGUCAUCUGGAGAUUUGUGGGUAGCACUUUGCUGGGAAGCUAUUGGCUUCCUUGUGCCCCAACUCUGUCAUGAUUGGCGCUGCCUUGUCCCUCCACGAGGCUGGGACAUCAGGGUGGUUUUUCGUUCAGAAACUGAGACCAUGACACCCGAGAGUGGAGGCAACCAGGCAAUACGUUUAGGGCUCUUGCCCCUCUGUUGGCUGGCCCCACUCCUCCCUUCAGAUAUUUUGU